GUGGUGUAAAUACGACGUACUCGCUCUCUCUCUCCUCUCUCUCUCUCUCACACACACACAGGCACACAGGCCGGCAUUCUGGUUCUUUCUCUUUUCCCUGUUUGAAGAUCGCAAUUUGGAUCUUUUUUGUCAAGGCCAGCAAUGCAAUGUUUGAAUGCAGAUGAUUGAUCAUACAGACAUACAUCUUUUAGUACUUACUAACCAGCUGAAACCAUGACCAUUAGGAUUAUCAGAUUCUUUGUCACGUCAUUUACCAAUCCCGCUACUCUAAUUCCAAAUCCAAGUCUCCGCUAUUUUCGCACUAACCCAACAGUUGCAAAACAGAUAUCCCAAAUUCAAUAUCCUCUACACUUCCAAGAAAGUUCCCCCCAAAGAAAUCUCAUCGCGGUGUCUAGUCUUCUUAAAAGAUAUGGUUUUCCAGCUCUAGAACUUCCAAAUUUUCUCGAGAAGAAUCGUCGUUUACUAAAUCUAGACCCCACCAAAAUUGAAAAGUCUCUUAAGAUUCUAUUAUCCUUGAAACCAUCUCAAGAAUUCCUUGUGUCCGUGAUAAAUAGUUGCCCCAGGGUUCUAGAAUAUGAUGCUAUCAAGAAAUGGGAAGGAGGCAUCCGAGGAUUAGAAGAGGGGUCCAAUUUAUCCUCCUUAGCAAUUCGGAAUAUUCUGGUGGUCUCGGUGAAGUUUGAACUAGAUUAUAGUUGUGUUUUGGGGUCUCUGAAAUGCCUAAAGGAUUUAGGGGUUAGUGAUAUUACUCUAAAUAAGGUUUUGGAGACACAUCCCAUGGUAACUACGAUGUCUGCAGACAAGAUUCAUGACUGUUUUGAAUUCGUCGUUGAUGCCUUUAGGAUUGACAAGGUUGGAUUUGAUCGCCUUCUCUGCGUGUAUCCAGGUGUUUUGGCCUUUGGGAUUCAAAGUAAGUUUAAGCGAUUGCUUGAUGAAUUUAAAGUUCUGGGUUUUAACAUGGAGGUGGUUAAGAAACAUGUACUGAGAGAUCCUAGAAUUCUUGCGUUGGAACUUGGGGAGUUAUCGCGAUGUUUGGAGCUGCUUAAGAGUUUGAAAUGUAGGGAAUCUAUUAAGGAGGAUAUUUUUCAUGAGGGGGCUUUUAAGGCUGGUUACGAGGUGAAACUAAGGGUUGAUUGCUUACGCAAUCAUGGAUUAACCUUAAGGGAUGCUUAUUCUGUGUUAUGGAGAGAGCCGAGAGUGAUACUUUAUCGCGUAGAGGAUGUUGAGAAGAAGAUUCAGUUUUUAGUCCACGUGAUGAAAGUUGAUAUUCAGUAUCUUGUUGAAGUUCCAGAGUACCUGGGGGUGAAUUUCGAGAAACAUAUACUACCAAGAUUCAAGGUAAUUGACUAUUUAAGAGCAAUAGGAGGACUUGAUGAUGAUGUGGGAUUGAGGGAUUUGAUUAAACCUAGUAGAAUGAAAUUUUAUAAUCUAUAUUGCAAGCCUUAUCCAGAGUGUGAAGCAAUAUAUGGAAGAUUUGCAAAAAAUGCUGAAGUGAGAAGUCAACAUCCAGUGGGAAUGUGGAAGCUUUUCAAACCACAAAAUAAUCCAAAGUCCAAAGAAGAUAUUAUGAACAUUAAGUCGUAUAUGGAUUCAUUGGCUUGAGUUCUGGAUCCUUCCUCUAAAUUCUACCCGAAAAUGCAUCUAUGUAGCAUUCUCUUAAAAGAUCCUUUUCUGAGUCUUUGCCGCAGCUGAAAGAGGUAUCAAGAUGUGCAUGAUAUAAUGUCUGCUUGUUUUGGCUGGGUGAAUAUCAGUUGAACAUCAAGCUGGAAGUUGGGAAUGGUGCUAAGAUCAUAUUCUGGGACGAUAAUUGGCUGCAUUCAGAGAUACUUAAAGUUAACUUCCCCGUUCUUUAUAGCACCACAGUGAACAAGAAUUGCUUUGUCGCUAAUUGUUACAAUGAAACAGGGUGGCAGCUAUAGUUCAGCAGGAAUUUCAACGAUUGGGAAAUUUCAACGAUAGAAGACUAAAGCACCAACAGAAGUUGCUUGUGUUGGAUGGGUGGCUUCAAGAAAUGCAUACUUAACACAAGAUUUUCUUCAGAAGAAAGGCUUUGAAAAGUGCAGCUGGUGUUUCUUGUGUGAAAAGGCUGUAGAGCCAACCGAUCCAUUUAUUACUUCAUUGUGAAUUUUCUUGGCAGGUUUGAUCAGUAAUUUUAUGUUUGUUUGGGGUGCAAUGGUCAUGCCAAUGUACAGGGUCUGCUCUUAAGCUAUGUUGCUCGGACUCCCCAAAAGUUUUGCCGCACCGGUGUCGGAUCCUCCAAAAAUGCACUAAAUUUGGAGGAUUCGACACGCACCCAACAACAUAUUUGAAGAGUCUUGAGUAACAUAGCUCUUAAGUUGGCAAGCACAGUUGGCUGGGAAUAUGAAAAGAUUUGGAGAACAGCCCCUAUACGCAUUAUGUGGAACAUUUGGCUAGAGAGAAAUAGAAGAUAUUCUGAUGAGCAUAGGAUUCAUCUGUGGUGUUAUAAUAGAUACUAGGAUUUACUUAAUGUAAAUUCAUUGUUUUCUUCAUUGUGUUUAUUAUAUACAGUAUAUAGUUUAAAUUUUAGAAUUGAGACACAGUAGAAUGCUGUAUGUAUAAUGUUAACUUAAACAUAGUUGCAGCAGUCCUUAAAUA